AAUUGUUAUACGUUAAUAGAUUUUGUUUGCCUCGCAUUUUCGAUCCGCCUGUAACAUUUUUUAUAAUAUUAAAAAAGAAAAAUGUGGCGCCUUUCAUUAACAAUAUUUCGCAAAGUGGUUUUACCUUCUAUAAAAGGCAAUGUUAAAUUUUCUAAAACAUUCUACUCUACAAGAAGUCGGCUACCGAAAUCCACUGCGAAAUUAACCCUUGUCAGUGCCAGCGUUGGUGUCUUGAUCGGGGCUGGCUACGGUGGCUAUACGCAUUAUGUAGUAAAUUCGAAGAAACGUCCAAAACUAACACUAAACGAAGAGUAUGCUUUUUUAAACGAAGCUCCUCCUUACCAGGCACAUUACAAAGUUAUUAAUGAAUCAGAUUCAAGUAAUUUACAGUUAGUUUUAUUUCAAUACCGGACAUGUCCAUUCUGCUGUAAAGUCCGCUCGUAUCUUGAUUCCAAAGGCAUCAGUUAUGAAAUUGUCGAGGUAGAUGCAGUUUUGCGUCAAGCUAUCAAAUGGUCUGCUUAUAAAAAAGUUCCUAUCUUAUUGGCCAAAGUUGAUGGUGGAUAUCAGCAACUAAUGGACAGUUCUGCUAUUAUAUCUGCAUUAGAGACAUACUUUCGCGAUAAAAACUCUCAGCUCACUGAGGUUAUAAAAUUUUAUCCAAUAACAAGAUACACAAAUGAUGAUGGGAAAAGCAUGACUGAUAUUACAAAUAAAUAUUUUGUAAUGCACAAUGCUGCUGUACCCGAUCAGAAGGAAAGGAUGGAGGAAAAAGAGGAAAGGGAAUGGCGUCAAUGGGCGGAUAAUGUGUUGGUACACACACUUUCACCAAAUGUAUAUAGAACUCCAGGUGAAGCAUUGGCGACCUUUAAAUGGUUUGAGGAAGUGGGCGGCUGGAAGCAGUCCUUCCCCAGUUGGGAAUGUGCUUUAAUGGUAUAUGGUGGAGCUGCGGCUAUGUGGAUGAUUGCUAAGAGGCUUAAAAAAAGGCACAAUUUGCAAGAUGAUGUCAGAUAUUCAUUAUAUAAUGCUGCUGAUGCAUGGACUAAUGCUAUAAAGAAGAAAGGAUCAAAAUUCCUCGGUGGAGAUCAACCGAAUUUGGCCGAUGUUACUGUGUUUGGUGUAUUGAGCAGUAUUGAAGGAUGUGAAGCUUUUCAAGAUUUAAGAAAUAAUACUAACAUUGGCAAGUGGUAUGAUGAUAUGAAGGUUAAUAUUGCUAGUAAAAAAGGUAGAGUUCUUGCUGUCCAUGCUAAAAACUAAACAAAACUAGUUAACAUGAUCAGUGUCACCGACUUGUCAAUAGGUUCAUUUUUAUGAAUAAUGGAAUCUGUCAUAGGUAGAUAAUGGGAUAUUAUUAUUUUUGAUAUUUUAACAUAUAUCAUUAGAGUUAUACAACAUAUAAUAUUGUAAUCCUGUUAUGAUAUAUAAAAUAUGCUUGACUCUAUAAUAUAUGUUGAGAGUGGAAUGCUUCAAUUAAUUUUUACCCAACUGAGA